AUGGCAGCCCAAGCUAAACAAGUUAUUCUAACGAGCAAGGCACCCGCGCCCAAGCCAUUUCUGUCUCAGGCUGUGACUCUGAAUGGCCUGGUUUAUACAUCAGGAGCAGUUGGCAUAGAUCCUGCGACGGAGAAAGUAAUCUCCGGAACAACUGGCGAUCGAACCGAACAAUGUCUCGAGAAUCUUUCUAAUAUAUUAGAAGCUGCGGGUAGCUCCAUAGAAAAAGCUCGAAACAGAACAAAAUCUCACGCAUCUAAAUUGGAAAUGAAGCUCAAGGUCACUAUUUUCAUCGAUGAUAUGGCCAAAUAUGCUUCUAUGAAUGAAGGCUAUCUGAAGGCUUUUAACAAGGGAGCCAUGCCGGUCCGGAUCUGUGUUGCUGUCAAACAGCUACCUCUCGGCACUGAUGUUGAAAUUGAAAUUAUCGCGCACCAGUAG